AUGACUACUUACGAAAGGCAAUUUAAAAUAUUAACGGCUAAAAAAGAAACGCUUUAUACAAUCAUUCAGACUUUAUAUGACUUAUCGAAAAACUUAACUACGGAUAACACCAUUAAAAAAUUCACAAACUUGUAUCAGUCGAUGGAUUCGACAAGGACAGAAAUUCUCAAAAUUUUGGAUGAAAUCAACGCAGUCGGGUUUGACGUUGAUGAAAACUAUAAACCAGAUUUUCAGGUGAUGUCUGUUAUUAACGAAAUGUGUUGUGAAGCAAGGGCGGCUUAUACAAAAUUAAAACCAAGCACCAAUAUUGUAAAUCCAACUUUACAGCAAAGUACACAACAACAGUGUAAUGUACACAGUCUUUUGCCAAAAAUCACUAUUCCAGAUUUCCACGGGGAAACAAAGGAAUGGGAAACUUUUUAUUCGAUUUACAAACCAUUGGUACACGAUAAUUUCCAGCUGACGGAUGCAGAUAAGGCUCGGCUUUUGGUUUCACAUUUAAAGGGAUCGGCCCUUAGUAUUUGUGCGGGAAUAGCUACUUCUGGGGAUAAUUAUGACACGUUAUGGAAAGCACUUUUAGAAAAAUAUCAUAAUAAAAGGUGUGAUAAAUUUAAGGCUAUGAAUCCUACACAAAGGUACGAUUUGGUAAAAAAUAAUAAUUUAUGCUUUCUGUGUUUUUCCCAGUCACAUGGUGUAAGACAGUGCUUAAAAAGACCGUGUGCCCAGUGUGCCAAGAAUCAUCAUUUUCUUUUAUGCGCAGGAAAACCGGAAAUAAGGGGCGCGAAAGAAAAUAAUCAAAAUAAUCAACCAAAUUCUGGUGUCGGUAUUCCAGAAACGGGUUCCAAUAACCACAAUUCGGGUUCAGUUAAUUGUGCGUUUCAAAAUUCUAGUUUUUUGAGUAGAAAUCAGGAAAAAACGGUUCUAUUAGCAACGGUAACGGUAUGUGUGUUAAAUAGUCCUUUACAAAAUGCAACGGCGCGGUUUAUUUUGGACAACGGUAGUCAGUGUAAUCUUUUGACCACGGAAUGUUGUAAAAAACUAGGUCUUAGAUAUACAAAAAUUAAUUCUUCGGUACAAGGUUUGGGACAAAACUCUCAGUCGGUAAGGGGAGUAACAGACAUUAUUAUCGCUUCGCGUUUUGAUCAGACUAAAAAAUACGAUGUUCAAGCUUUAGUUAUUGAUCAUAUUACAGAUAAAUUGCCAAAAACGAAAUUAAAUUUGCAAACUUUAUCGGAAUUUAAAAAUUUACAAUUAGCGGACGAUAAGUUUUUUGAACCUAAAUCAAUCGAUGGCAUAAUCGGUGCGCAGUUUUUUCCUAUUCUUUUCGGCGGUAAUCGGAUUUUGAGUUCUUCAGGUUUAGGGGCGGCUUUAGAAACAACGUUCGGGUAUGUUAUUAUGGGUCAGGUGGAUACGGAAUAUUCCACUCCCAUAAAUUUGCUCACUUUAAGGGAAGAAACAUCGAUUGAACAAAUUUUGACAAAAUUUUGGGAAUUAGAGCAGGUUCCAAAACGGGAAAUUCCGGAUUUAGACGCUAUAGAAUGUGAAAAUAUUUAUAAAACCACGGUUUCCAGGGAUAUAUCGGGCCGGUUUACUGUUGCAUUACCUUUUAAAAGUUCACCAAAAAAUUUGGGAAAUUCAAGGGUUUCGGCGGAAAAUCGGUUAAAAACCUUGGAAAAACGGUUAACAAAAUCGGACAGCUUGCGUGCGGAUUACAAUAAAAUUAUGCAGGAUUUUUUGGAUCAAGGAUACUUAAAAUUAUUGGAAAAAGAAGAUUGUGACUUAUCCUAUUAUAUUAGUCAUCACCCUGUAAUAAAAUUAGAGAGUUUAAGCACACCUAUACGUAUCGUAUUGGAUGCAUCUUGCCCUUCAGACAGUGAUGUCUCCUUGAAUGAUUUAUUGCAUAGCGGGCCUAAACUGCAGGCGGACAUAUCGCUACGGACGGUUCAGCAAUUGAUAAAUGAAGAUGGCAAAGAUUAUCCUUUAGCUAAAAAAUAUAUUUCUUCGGGGCUAUAUAUGGAUGAUUUUUUAACGAGUGUUCCGGACGAAAUUGAAGCUAAAGAAUUAUAUAAUCAAUCGGUAAAGCUCUUCAAAGGUGGUUGUUUUGACUUAGUUAAAUGGUCGACUAAUUUGGACAAUUUGUUAUCAGAAAUUCCGCUGGAAAAACGUUUACAAAAUUCGGUUACAUUUAAAUCGGAGACUAAAGUUUUAGGGAUGCAAUGGGAUCCGCAGAGGGAUGUUUUGAACUAUAGGUUAACCACCCCCGAUAAAAAUUGUACAAAACGUAAGAUUUUAUCUCUUACUGCAAAAUGUUAUGAUCCCAUUGGUCUGAUUGCUCCAUUUAUUUUGCAUUUAAAGUUAAUGAUCAGGGAGUUAUGGCAACUAAAAUUGGGUUGGGAUGACUCACCCCCGGAUACGAUUAAAAAAUCAUGGGAAAAGGUAUGCAAUGAAUGGCAAGAUUUUUCAAAAUUUGAGGUCCCUAGACAUGUAGGAGCCAUGAGGGAUGUUCCGAUUAUGAUUUUGGGGUUUGCGGAUGCAAGUCAAGACGGUUACGGUGGGGUAGUUUAUUUAAGGGUUGUAAAUUCUAGCGGUGAAGUGAGUGUGAGACUGGUUGCUGCAAAAUCGAGAUGUGCACCUUUAAAAAAGACCAUGACCAUUCCGAAGCUAGAAUUAUGCGCGGCUUUGUUGUUAUCAUCUUUGCUGAAAUUAAUAUUUGAAAAUUAUAGCAAACUUACUCAUAUUUCACAACUAGUUGCGUAUUCUGAUUCGACCACGGUGCCGCGCCCCUGGAGCUUUGAAGAAUUUGAUUAA